UGUCCCACAGUCUGCAAACCAAAAUAGAGAGGUGUCAGUUCCUCCGUGAAUUUUCCAAUUUUUCUUAAAAACUACUUACGGAAAUCAUGUCUUUCCACUUGAGUACGAAGGAAAGACUUCUUGCGAUCGUGGAUGAUAUUGAGAUCAUCGCCAAGGAGUUGAUAGAGAACACCAUCGCUCCCAAGCAUCAGAAAAUCUCCAGCACUGAACAUGCCCAGCUGGUGGAGCUUCUUGUGGCGAAGGAUGCCGAAUUGAAAUCAGUGUUGCAAUUGGCGUGCGACCAGACAAAGAUUGAGCAGAAGAUGAACUCGUUGAGAGCUCAAGUGGAGCUUCAGGACCAAGAAAUCAACCAGCUGCAGAAGCAGCUCAAAGAAGCGGAGCAGAUACUCUCCACGGCUCUGUUUCAGGCCCGACAGAAGCUAGCCAGUAUUGCAAGGGCGAACAAGAAGCCCGUUCCGUCGGAGGAGCUGAUAAAGUACGCUCACCGGAUCAGCGCUUCUCAUGCCAUCUCGGCGCCCCUUACGUGGCAACAAGGGGACCUAAGGCGCCCCUAUCCGACGGACAUUGAGAUGCGACUGGGCUUCCUGGGCAAGUCCGAUCUCAAUAUAAAUGGACACAACCUGCAGCACCACAGUAGCCUCAAUGAGAUGCACAGAAACACCACAGGAGAAGUUCCCGCCUCAGCGCAGAAUCAGUUCGCCUGGCAUCCUUCCGGAGAACUUCACAUGUCCGUCUUGGCGUCCGGAGGAUCGAUACUGCUCGACACACGAGCUCGCAAGAAUGCGUCUCAAGUGGAAGUUGAAGUCAUGUCCACAGAAUCCUCAAGUUCCAGUUCGAGUGACUCUCAAUAAUAGAGGUGAGCUUCAGAAAAAUUCCAAUCUUCACUCAUUUUGUCAUAUCAAUUAG